GCCAUCCAAUAAGCCUUGUCACCACAUAUUUUAAUUAAUUUUGAAGAUUAAAAAAGAACCUGGUGCAAGUCAAGCCGCCCAGCGGAAGGGGUCAGAGCUGUGAUUUUUUGAACACUAAGUUCUGAUUUCAUGGUUAUCAAUUAACAAAGUUACAGUGGUCUGGUUUUAUCAAACAAGAUCCUGCAGCUACCUAGCAUACUCGACCUGGUUCACAAGUUCUGUUUGACAACAAAACCACAUCAUGAGCUCCAAGGAAAGCCAGAUUGGUGCAUCCACCAAUGAAGAGGACAGUCUUUCCCAGUAUGCAAUGCAACUAGCAACUGCAUCAGUGUUGCCCAUGGUAUUGAAAGCAGCAGUAGAGCUUGGUGUGCUUGAGAUUUUGGAUAGAGCUGGUCCUGGAGCACUUCUUUCUACUUCCCAAAUAGCAUCUCAGCUCCCCACUCACAGCAAUCAAGACAAGUCUUUGCUUCUUGAUUGUAUGCUCAAGCUUCUUGCUAGCCACGCUGUACUCACUUGCUCUAUUGCCACCCAUCAGCAUGAUGGCCAGGUUUCAAGGCUCUAUGGUUUGGCACCUGUUUCCAAAUACUUCAUCAAAAACCAGGAUGGAAUUGGAGGAUCACUUGCACCCUUGUUAGAUUUGUUCCAGGACAAGGUCGAGACGAAUACCUGGUACCAUUUGAAAGAUGCAGUUCUGGAAGGAGGACUUCCAUUUUACAGGGCUUAUGGAAUGAAUGCAGUUGAGUACAUUGGGAAGGAUGACAAAUUCCGUGAAAUUUUUAAGGGCUCAAUGAAAGAUUUUAACCCAUUAGUUAUGAAGAAGAUUCUUGAGAAAUACAAGGGUUUUGAAGGUCUGAAAUUGCUGGUGGAUGUAGGAGGUGGUGAUGGCACCAUCCUUAACAUGAUCAUCUCCAAGUACCCUACCAUUAAGGGUGUCAACUUUGACUUGGCCUCUGUUUUAGAAAAGUCACCCUCCUAUCCUGGUAUCAAGCACGUUGCAGGAGACAUGUUUGUAAACAUUCCAAAAGGAGAUGCCAUUUUCAUGAAGUGGAUAGUUCAUGGUUGGGAUGACAAAUACUGCUUGAAGAUACUAAAAAACUGCCAUGAAGCACUACCAGACCAGGGGAAAGUGAUACUAGUAGAUAUGGUGAUUCCAGAAGCCCCUGCAACUACCGGUGCUGAUAAAAGCUUGUUUCAGUUAUAUUUGUUCCUGAUGAACACAAACCCGGAUGGUAAAGAAAGGACAGAAAGAGAAUUCGAAAGUUUGGCAAAAGAAGCAGGAUUUUCCAGCAUUCAAGUGGCAUGUUGUGCUUAUAAUUUUUCCGUUGUGGAGUUGUACAAAAAUAUGUAACAUUUAGUCAUCACAUGUUCUGCAAUUGCAUCAGUAAAAUGUUCCCUAAAACAGGUCCAGUACAAGCAAUAAAAAUGCAUAGAAUAUCUGCUGAGACUCUGUUACAAGCAAAAGUAGCAGGAUUUUAGGGUAUUCAAGUUGCAUGCUGUGCUUAUAAUUUUCCAGUUGUGGAGUUCUACAAUAAUAUGUAACAUUUAGUCA